CACCCUGAUCUCCACCGCAUGUGCGUGAACUCAUCACUCACUUCCCUGUUUUCCCUUCCCUUCCCUUCCCAAACGGACGGAAACCGAGCGCCAAAAUGACGGAAAACGAUCCUUCGCCAGCGAAACCCCGCCCUGCCGCCGCCUCCCCCAAGCUCCCGUGGAAGACGCGGAUCUCCGUCGCUGCCCUUUCCGCCGUCACAGACUUCUGCCGCCGCUCCAACGGCUCCCUCAACCGCUCCCUCCUUUCCUUACUCGACGUCCGCUCUCCGGCCUCCGCCACCCCCGUCCGCGGCGUCCGCACCGCAGACGUCACCGUCGACUCCUCCCGUAACCUCUGGUUCCGCCUCUUCGUCCCUAGCUCUGGAGAGUCCCUUCCCGUCAUCGUCUUCUUUCAUGGCGGCGGCUUCGCCUUUCUCUCCCCUGACUCCCGUAUCUACAACGCCGUCUGCUGCCGGAUCUGCCGAAAGACCCAAGCCCUGGUGCUAUCCGUUAACUACCGCCGUUCCCCGGAGCACCGCUACCCGGCGCCGUACGAGGACGGGGCGGACGUCCUUCGAUUCCUCGACGGCAAUGGUUUGGCAACCGCUGACGCUGCUGCCGCGGGACUGGCCGAUCUCUCCAGCUGCUUCCUGGCGGGCGACUCCGCGGGGGCGAACAUCGCGCACCACGUGGGGCGGCGGUGGGCGGCGGGCGCGUGGGAGCGAAUACGAUUGGCGGGGAUGGUGCUGAUCCAGCCGUUCUUCGGCGGGGAGGAGCGGACGGAGGCGGAGAUACGGUUGGCGAAAGCGCCGUUGUUGUCGGUGGAACGGACGGACUGGAUGUGGCGCGCGUUCCUGCCGGAGGGGGCGGACAGGGACCACGAGGCGGCGAACCCAUUCGGGCCGAGGGCGGAGGGGAAGCUGGAGGCGGCACUGCCGGAGGCGAUGGUGGUGGUGGGGGGAUUCGAUCUGCUACAGGACUGGCAGAUGAGGUACUACGAGGGUCUGCGGGCUAGGGGGAGGGCAGCGCGGCUGGUGGAGUACCCGGAGGCCAUUCACGCCUUCUACUUCUUCCCGGAGAUCAAGGAGUCGGCGAUCGUCCUGGAGGAAAUCAAAGGCUUCAUCGACGGCCUGCGAGUUCGAUCCAACACCAAACAGAAAGAUGGAGACGCCGGCGAUGAAAAUCAAUAAUCGCAGAUAAAUUUCUCUGCCAUAAUUUAAUAAUUAUCAACGAAAAAGCACGUGCGAAGCAAAUGCCGCCGGCAAAGCAAUAAAUCAAAGCAAUAAAGCAUCCAUAGAUGCUGCCGGUAGCUUAGUUGCUUGCAAUAGAGCUCUUCACUAGCUUGAAUCCAAAAUAGUCUGCAUCUGCACUACUUUCCUGCUUUUUA